GGGAAGUUGGUUUGUGUUUACCAAUUAGGCUAGACUGUGUAAAACAAUGGACGGCCAGAGUCGAGUCUUCGCUGCGAUACUACCGGCUGCUGGUCGGGAAUUAGCCGGUAAUGAAAAUGAGCAGGGACUCGAAGUGCGAGCAGUUACUCGUCCAGGACCCAGUAACCGGGUUAGGGAGGUCCAGGUGACGGGAACAGCGGAGGUUUGCUGCCCGGCGGACCGAGUGUCGGUGCGGGUCAGUGUGGGCAACAGCAAAGAGUCAGUCAACGAGGUCACCAACAGCGUGUCACGGCGACUUGAAUACAUUUUACAAACCGUCAGACAACAUGGUGUUAGUGACAACGACACCACAGUGAGGAGGUUUCUCCAUAGAGAGGCAGACCAGUAUCACAUGGAUGCAGAGGUCGUGGUCACUUUCUCAGACUUUGAGAAGAUGGAGCGUGUAUGUAGUGUCCUGCUGGAGAAGCUGGACAAGAGUGUUAAUGUGGGAACACCGCAGUACUACCACAGUGCUGAAUGCCUGAGUCAAGUGAGGCGGCGUGCAUGUGUGUCAGCAGUUGAAAACGCUCAGCAGAAGGCCUGCGAAGUCAGUCAGCUCCUGGGGCAAACUCUGGGACACCCUCUAUUGGUCAGAGAGGAGGAGACAAGGGAGUGGAAGAAUGAAGAUGAGGAGGAUGGGGGCAGAGGCCAGGGCGCUGCACCCCUACCUCACCUUCCCUGUGCACCCACAGUCACCGCCUCCUCACGGGUGUCUGUGUCCUUCAGCCUCAGAGACAGAAGCAGGAAAAAACUCUGAAGACAUUUGUCAUUGACUAAUGAAACCACAGACCGUUAUGUCACAUUUAAAAUUAUUUUAUUGCUCAGUUGUAGUGGCUGAAUGAAUGUCCAGUUUUUUUCCUACCUCAGACAAUACAGUAUUAUAAAUGGGAAAACUACAUAGAUUUCAAAAGCAAUUUUGCCAGAUAAAAUGUCUUUUAUCUGUUUUACUGGCACAUUAAAUUAAAAUACUGUAUAUUUGUACAUCUCAAAGAAAUAAAAGUUAGGACAACUACGAGCUAUACUACAA